UUGGGCCCUUAGGGUUUCAGCUCCCCAGCGUGCGCAUGUGCGGCGGGCAAAGGCUGGCUCCUUUGGAGCGAUGGCAGCCAAGAGUUUCUCUUUCCGCCUCCGGCACUCGUGGCAAUUUAUGAAUGGCUUCGUGGCCGGUGCUGUAGUGGGCGCCGUGGGAGCAGGGCUGACGGCGCUGAAGUUGAGUCGGGAUGCGGGGCCAGCGCGGCCAGCGCCGGAGCAGGACGGUGCAGCACAGUACCUCGUACAGAAUUGGCCUUCAAAUCUGCAGAAAAAGCUGUUUUGGAACAAUUUGGAUUCCCUUUAACUGGAACAGAGACUAGAUGUUACACUAAUCAUGCCUUGUCUUAUGAUCAGGCAAAACGUGUGCCCAGAUGGGUUCUGGAGCAUAUAUCCAAAGACAAGAUCA